UUUUCUGAGACACAUCGUGCAAAAUUUACUGUAACGUGAAAAGUUAUGUCAUCGAAGGAUUUCCAUAGUUAAGCUCGAUCGGAUCAAUCAUAUCGCUUUAUGAGACUGGGCCCUGAAAUGCACUUCGUUACUUUACAUUUUGAUAAUUCGUAUAAGGUCGGACGCAUUUUACGAACUGUUUCAUAAAAUCCCCUCUGAGUUGUAGCGGGAAUAAACGCAUCCUCAACAAAUGAGGAAAUAAAACUGGACAGGUGUUUACACGCAUUUGGUAACUCCGAUGAGAGAAGUCAACGGCGAUUUGCUUCGUUUCAUAAAAAGAAGAAAUAAAGUCUUUAUUGUCAGUCGGUAUGAUUCAUUAGAUGUAUUUAAAGAUUGUGGUGAUGGAGACCGCGUUAUUCAUCACAUUGCUACUUUGGGGGCUCAGUGAAAUUGCAUGGCGCGUCUCUGGAAUAGAAGUUCGUCUUAUUGGAGGAGGAGACGAAAGACGAGGGCGGGUAGAAGUCCUUCAUGAUGGGCUCUGGGGUAGUAUCUGUGACGAUGGCUGGGAUAUCCAAGAUGCCAUGGUAGUCUGUCGAAAACUUGGCUACGGGAACGCAUCGGAGGCAACUGGGUACGCAGCAUAUCGCCCUGGAUCUGGUCCCAUCUUCCUGGAUAAUGUAGACUGCACUGGACAAGAAAUGGAUCUAGAUGAUUGCAGUCAUAAUGGAUUUGAAGUUCACGAUUGUCAGCAUAGCGAGGACGCUGGCGUAGAAUGCAUACCAAAAGAUCUGCAAGUACGGCUACUUGGCGGGGAAUCAGCCUUAGAGGGUCGCGUAGAGGUCUUCUACAACGGUUCCUGGGGAACAGUUUGCGAUGAUAACUGGAGCUUGAAUGACGCCAGAGUUGUAUGCCGAAUGUUGGGCUUUCAAACAGCCGUUAGGAUCACCACCAACGCCGAGUUUGGAGAAGGUUCUGGAAGUAUUCUUUUGGAUGAUGUUAGAUGCGUCGGGAAUGAACGUAAUCUUGCGGAAUGCCAUCACAGUGGGUAUGGGAUUCAUAAUUGUGGACACUCAGACGACGCAGGAGUGGUCUGCAGUGUUAAUGAAGUUCUACAAGUUCGUCUUGUUGGUGGGCAAUCAGCCUUCGAAGGUCGCGUAGAGGUUUUCUAUGACGGUUCUUGGGGAACAGUUUGCGAUGAUAACUGGAGCUCGAGUGACGCCAGAGUUGUAUGCGGAAUGUUGGGCUUCCCAAUGGCCACUCGGGCAGCCUACGGCGCUGAGUUCGGAGAAGGUUCUGGUAGUAUUCUCUUGGAUGAUGUCGGAUGCGUCGGGGAUGAAAGCAACCUUGCAGACUGCUCUCACAGUGGAUAUGGGAUUCAUAAUUGCGGACACUCAGAAGAUGCAGGAGUAGUCUGCGGUAUUGAUGUUAAUGAUGAACUGGAAGUCCGUCUUACUGACGGAGAAACAGCUUCAGAGGGUCGUGUAGAAGUGUUCUAUGACGGUUCCUGGGGCACAGUUUGCGAUGAUGGCUGGAACUUGAGAGACGCAAGAGUUGUAUGCCGAAUGUUGGGCUUUCAAACAGCAGUUCGGGCAGCAAGCAGUGCUGAGUUUGGAAGAGGUUCUGGAAGUAUCAUUUUGGAUGAUGUUGGAUGCAUCGGGAAUGAAGGCAACCUUGGGGAAUGUUCUCACAGGGGAUAUGGGAUUCAUAAUUGUGGGCACUCAGAAGACGCCGGGGCCGUCUGUGGCAAAGAUGUUUUCCUAUUAUCAUUCGCAUUAUCUUCACCCGAACUAGCCGAUGGGCAAAUUGAAAUUCGCCUUGCAGGUGGAAGAGAGCAAAAUGAAGGCCGCGUAGAAAUGCUAUAUAACUCAUCGUGGGGUACACUUUGUGGGCUAGGAUGGGACUUAAAGGAGGCCGACGUUGCAUGUCGACUGUUAGGCUUCCCAGGUGCUUCAGACGUUCUCCAUAACGCUGCAUUCGGCGAAGGGACUGGGAAGGUACUUCUGGAAGACAUCUCGUGUCUUGGAUCGGAGGACACCUUGAUGAACUGUACCUUCAUGUCCAUAGAGGCCGUCGACUGCUCCCACAAUCUGGAUGUUGGAGUCAUGUGCAAAGAUGAAGGUUCGCUGAUGUCACAGAAAUCCUCUAGCCAAAUGGCGAUGAUGUCCUCGAGCGAAAUGUCGUCAACCAGAAAUCCAGGAAAUUACCCGGAACACCAAGAUCGAACAUCGGACUUGACAUCACAUGUUGAAAAGAGUCGUAAUCCCCCUUUGGCCCUCAUGUUGGUUGGGGCGAUCCUGGCAGUGAUUUGCGCUAUUUUGAUUGUUGCAGUUCUCUUCGGGUACUAUCGCAUCAGAAGAUUGAGGGAAAUGAUAAAGGUCCAAGGUAAACAUCCUUGUUCAAAUGUGACUGGAUUCCCGAAAGAAGAUUCAACAUAUGAAACACUCGACUUGCCCAAGACUUCAUCAGGAACUGAUGAAAAGGGAUACCCCGGAAAACACCUCUAUACCGGCUUAAAGGUGUCUGGAAUUAGCCCUACAGACCAGGUCUACACAGAAAUGGCAAUUUCGAAAGAUUGCGAUGACGAAAGUCUUGAUUGCAGUUAUAAAUCUUCAAAACCCUCUAAUGGCAUCAGGCCAAAGGCUGGCAAGCUUGGUACUCGAGAGAGGGACAUUCCAUUGCCCUCGGAACCGUUGGACCCCAUAUAUGCCAAUUGCUGAUUACAUUCUUAGUAUAUUCUGGCUUUAUACAUUUAGGGGGAAGCGCGAUAGCUCAGUCGGUAGAGCGGGGAUUCGGAUUCCGGUGACCCGGGUUCGAUUCACAAGUGGUGCGCUAGUGCCCUUUGGUAAGGCAUUUAUCCUCAUUACCAGGUCCCUCGGAGAGGACCUUAAACCAUUGGUCCCCUGGUUGCUUGCUCAGAGGCAUUUGUGCUUUCUUAGCCGUCAGGUAAAAAACAUCGGUAUAACAUAACAUAACAGGGGGCAUAUGCAUCCGCAAAUGGAAAAAGGGUGACAUAAUAUAUAUAUUUUUUUUAGUAAGUGAAAUUCUUUCAGAGAAUAUAAGAAAAUUCAAAUGCUUUUCAAUAUUUGCCAUUGAUGUGUAUACAAUUUCAAGUUUAUUCCACUUCAAAAAUCCACCUGUAAAUGCCGUACUGAUAACUUUAUGUAGGAAAUUUAAUAUACACACUUGAAAUUUGGGGCAAAAUACCGUGUACUGUGUUUGGCAAUGUAUGGAAGGUGUGUUGCCGAGUGAUGGUUAAAACAUUUGCGUUUUUUGCCCUGCCUUUUUAAAAGUUUACGUAGUUUGAGUGUAUUAUUAUGCAUAUAAUUUCGAUCAUUAGAUUAAGUUAUAUGAUUAUUGUAUCUAGGAGUUUAUGAUGCUCAUGAUAUUCCACUCAGACGAAAUGUGAUUUGAUUAGAUAUUGUACCAAAAUUAUGCACUCGCACCAACUGACUACAGACUGACCGAUGGUAUGGAUGGUAUGCCAACGAUAA